UUGGGAUAAGUACGGUUAAUAUUGAUAAGCUCGAGCUUACCAUAGCCAAAACGCUUCCUUUGUUUAUAAAAAACAGUUGGCUUAAUAGACACCUUCCAAAACCCAACUCGUAAAUCUCAAGUUAUGGAGAUCUCUUCCACAAAAAAUGAAACCUGGAGUCUUUGUGCUAUUGCAAGCUUCGUAGUCUGCAUUAUCCUGUUACUAAGUCUAAAUCAAGGCCAGGGCAACCUAAAUCUUUCAGCUCUCCAAAACAUAAUCAAAUCAGAAAGAUCAUCAAGUUCAAAUACUUCUAAGCUAGAUUUGUUAGAGCCCACAAAUUUCACUAAGAAUGGAAAGCCUGUAAAUGAGGAAGUAAAAUGCAAUAUCUUUGAUGGGAAAUGGGUUUAUGACCCUGAGGGAAGUCCUAUCUAUUCUGCUUCAGAGUGUCCAUUUCUCAGUGAACAUGUAAGCUGCCAGAGAAAUGGAAGACCAGAUUCUGAAUAUGAGAGAUGGAAAUGGGAGGCUAAGGGGUGUGAAAUUCCCAGGUUUAAUGGCGCAGACAUGCUGGAGAAACUUAGAGGGAAGAGGGUGAUAAUAGUUGGAGAUUCUCUUAACAGAAACCAAUGGGAAUCACUUGCUUGCCUUCUUUAUUCUGCAAUACCUUCCUCUCGAGCUCAUGUUGACUGUUUGAGUGGUGCUUACAAAGUCUUCAAGGCAAAGGAUUACAAUUGCUCUGUGGAGUUCUACUGGAGCCCAUUUCUAGUAGAACUCCAUGAAGGGAAGCAAGCAAAUGAAAGCAGUAUUCUAAGGCUUGACAAGCUCGCACCAUCGUCUCACAAGUGGAAAGGAGCUGACUUGAUGGUAUUCAACACAGGCCACUGGUGGAGACACCGCAAAAAGUGGGAUUUAUUUCAAUAUGAUGGAAAAUUGGUGGAGCAAAUGGAACUUGAAUCUGCAUUUAAAAUGGCAAUAGGGACCUGGGCAAAUUGGAUUGACCAGAAUGUUAAUAUGACAAAGACAACAGUCUUUUUCCGGAGCAUAUCGCCAGAACACAAAGAGGGAGUAUGGUGUCAAAACAGAACACAACCAAUCAUGGAUGAAUCCUAUGUGUACCAAUUUCCCAAGCCGAUAAAAGAAAUUCUGGAAACUACAAUCAGAGGGAUGAAGACACCUGUCCGUUACCUGAACAUCACAAAGCUAUCAGAGUAUAGAAGAGAUGCACAUCCAGCUAUCUAUGCGUUGACAGCUGAGGAGCAGCAAUUACCGGGGUCUCAUCCUGACUGUAGCCACUGGUGUUUGCCUGGGCUACCUGAUACAUGGAACAUUCUCUUGUAUGCAACCAUAGUAUUAGAUAGUUCAAAGGGAAUUACAAAUUUGGUAGUUUGAAUCUUUCUAUGAGAAUAGUCUAAGCAUUUUGCCUCGAUUUAACGACUUAGAGAAGAGACGGAAGGGGGAGCGGUAAUCCUCAAAGCUUGUGCAUCAUUCUUUUGUAGCGAAUGGAAUUUUAUAUUCCCAUUAGAUAAAAAAAAAAUUUUUUGAUUCA